AUGGAGUCUUCCAAGACCUUCAUGAGACAUCUGCCAAUCACACCAGGCUACAGUGGCUUUGUGCCCUACCUUAGCUGCCAGCAAGCCACCAGCAAGGACAAUAUGUCCCACUGUCUGAAAAUCUUCCAGGACAACACUCGGCGAUAUAAAAACCAGCUGGAGGAAUUUCGCUGCUCGGUGGCCACUGCCCAGAAGCUGAAGCCCGUCUGCUCGGAGGAGACCGUCCUGCGUGCCCUGCACCAGUACCUCCGGCAGUACCACCCCCUGAGUCUGGAACACAAAUACAUAAAGAAACCUCUCCAGGAGCCCCCGAUCCCUGGCUGGGCUGGCUACCUCCCGAGAGCCAAGGUCACCGAAUUAGGCUGCGCUACACGGUAUUCUGUCAUGGCCAGAAACUGCUACCAGGACUUCCUGGACCUCAUGGAGCAGUCCAAGGGGGCACACCUGAAGUCAUACAAGUAA